AUGGAGAAAAUUGCAUUAAUACAAAGUCCUUUAGAUUUUAUUCGCCUAAAUAUGGAAGAAGAGAUAUUUCUAAAAUGUAAAGGAGAUAGAGAAAUAAUAGGAAAAUUAGAUGCUUACGAUAAUCACUUAAAUAUGAUUUUAUCAAAUGCUCGUGAAACUUAUAGUGUAAAAGAAAAUGAUCAAGAAUGUAUUAAAAAAGUGGAAAGAAAUUUAGACAUGGUAUUUGUUAGAGGAGAUUCUAUUAUAUUAGUAUCAUCUGCAUUAAAAUAA